GCAGACUCCGCCCAUAUACAUGAUGUCAGAUUCGGCAGCUGAGCUGGUGUGCCGGAAGGGAAGAUGGCGGAUCAUGAGGAGCAGUUAUCCGAAGAGGAGAAGGUACGCAUAGCAGCCAACUUCAUCAUCCAUGCUCCUCCAGGAGAGUUCAAUGAGGUUUUCAAUGAUGUAAGAUUGCUGCUCAACAAUGACAAUCUCCUCAGAGAAGGUGCAGCACAUGCCUUUGCACAGUAUAACUUGGAUCAGUUCACCCCAGUGAAAAUCAACGGCUAUGAGGAACAGGUUUUAAUCACAGAGCAUGGUGACCUUGGCAAUGGAAGGGUCUUGGACCCCAAGAAUAAGAUCUCCUUCAAGUUCGACCACUUGCGCAAGGAGGCGAGUGACCCCAAACCCCAUGACACGGAUGGAGGAAUGGAGGGCUGGAGGACUGCUGUGGACAGUGCUGUGAGAGGCUACGUUAAGGAGCAUUAUCCCAGCGGUAUCUGCACCAUCUAUGCGAAGACUAUUGAUGGACAACAAACUAUCAUUGUCUGCAUCGAGUGUCAUCAGUUUCAGCCAAAAAACUUCUGGAAUGGGCGCUGGAGGUCCGAGUGGAAAUUCACCAUUUCCCCUUCUACCACUCAGGUGGCAGGGAUAAUGAAAAUCCAGGUUCAUUACUAUGAAGAUGGGAAUGUUCAGCUGGUCAGUCAUAAAGAAGUUCAGGAGUCUAUGCCCAUUUCUAAUGAAGCACAAACAGCAAAGGAGUUUGUCAAGAUCAUGGAGGCUGCUGAGAAUGAUUAUCAGACCGCCAUCAACGAGAAUUACCAGACCAUGUCGGACACUACCUUCAAAGCCUUACGCCGACAGCUUCCUGUGACGCGCACCAAGAUUGACUGGAACAAAAUCCUGAGCUACAAGAUUGGAAAAGAGAUGCAGAAUGCUUAAAUGCCAGCAUUGCAUGACUGGAUUAAUGUGUUGUCAUUGUACAAAUUAGGUUCAUUGAAAAAAAACUAAAACGAUGGUUCAGUCCCACCCAAAAGUGAACCAUAUUCAUAUUAAGAAACUUACCUUUACUAAAAACUUUGCAGAGAUGCCAUGAAUUAAAUACAGUAAUAUAUGUUUUGGUAAGGUUGAAGGGGAGGGAAGCAAAAGCAAGACUGUGCCAAAGGAAAAAAUCAUGUCACCUUAGAAGUAUUUUUUACUUCAGGUAAUAACAAUUAAAAGCUAUUAAAUAUUGAUAUUGGAAGAGAAUGAAGACAAUUGCAAGGUUUCAACCAGUGAAGAACUACUUGACUUGAUUGGCAAGAAAUAAGGAGCAAAUCCGAUAAACCAUAUUAACCAACUAGUGUUUUUGGUUAUAUUCAUCUUUUGCACACACUGUUUUGCUUGAUGAUGUGGAUGUUUCUCUGUCUCCCAAUGUCAGGACUUUCAUGUAUUCCCGGUUGUAUAAUGAUAGUUAAUCCUUACCAUUGAUCACACGUCAGCUAUCCCACAACUGAUGUCUCGGACACCUUCAGUGAAAUCUUGAAAUGCUUAGUUAACAAGUCAUCUAUUACGUAAUGUGCAUUCAGUUUAUCAUGGAAUUACAGUUGCACUCCACAUGUCCUUAUUUUUAUUGAUGCAGACAUGACUGUACAUGGCACAUUGUAAUAUAUACAUGUAUUAAACACCUUGUCUGUCGGUUUGGCGAUUUAUUCCUUUCAGAUUGAGAACUGUAAUUCAGUCAUAAAUGUGUUACAUUAAAUGACAAAUUUUCUA